AUGGUAUCAAGUGGGAUUCUUGGUCCUGAGCUUGCUAUUCAAGUUCUUGUUCAGUUUGAUAAGUCAAUGGCUGAAGCUCUGAACAAUCAGGUUAAGACCAAGGUCUCUAUUAAGUUUAGAGUUUUUUCGAGGAAAGAAAAUGAGAAAGAUGCAUCUGUGAAGGGAAAAUCUUGUUUGGGAACUAUUGUUCAUCAGAAAACUGCAGUAGCUCUGUGCUUGACUACAAUCAAGAAUGAAGAUAAGAUGGAGUUCAACAGAAUCUUGGAAGCCAUCAAGGCCAAUUUCAAUGAUAAGUAUGAUGAGUACAGAAAGAAGUGGGGUGGUGGGAUAAUAGGGUCAAAAUCACAAGCUAAAACCAAAGCAAAAGAGAGGGUUCAUGGUGGGAAAGGGGAAAACAAACAUAGACAAAUUCACUUGGGAGGUUACUUUUGGCAAAGUAGAGAGUUGAUGAGUACUUAUAUACUCAAAUGA